CAGGACAACAAUAUUACAAUGAUUAUAUUUUUGCCAAAUGAAAAGAUGGAACCUUGGAAUCUGAAGUAUCUGGAAAAAAAGAUUAACUUUACAGAAUUUAAAUCAAUUAGAACUGCACACACAAACAAACUUCAGAAAGCUACGUAUUUAUAUUUACCUAAGUUUACGAGUGAAUAUACUCAAAAUAUAACAGAUUUUUUUCGUCAGAAGGGUGUAAAUACGAUGUUUGAGGAUAGUGCGGAUUUUACACGUCUCUCAAAAAUUCCUUUAAAAGUGAACAAUAUUGUUCAAACAGUUUCCGUAAAGAUUAACGAAGGAAGUUCGAAAGUUCCAAAAAUUGUCAGAAGCAGAGUAAGAAAACCACGGCGAGUAAGUCCACCGCAAAAGUUGAUCAUAGAUCGUCCGUUUUGUUACUUAAUCGAAGUGUACGGAGAAUUAAUGUUUGCUGGAACCGUGCGAGCACCAGACUUUAUAUUUAUGAAAGAUGAAUUAUAAAUUCUAUUACAUUCUUAUAUUUAUUAAAAGUUU